ACAUCUGGGAGCAAAGCAAUGUCUCCCCCUUUGCACUCAUUCUGGGAGGGAGAGAGAGGGAAAAGCUGUUCACUUGUAGCUACCGGAAUGAAUCCAGAGAGGGAGCAGACUCUGCAAGGCUUGGUUCAGUAAUUAGAAUGAAGACUUUUGGAUCGAAUCCUGGUGAGCAUUUAAUUCGGCAUUUUCAGGUGGAUUAGUUACAGAAGGGAAGGAAUAGAGGAAGACUGCGUGGGAUGGAGAUCUACAAAGUUACCUAAACAAGAGAUGAGAAAAAUGUUCCACAGAAACUGGAAAUGUCUGUUCUGAAUUUCUGUCGUGGCCUGUCCGUGAUUUUGCAAACUCCCGUUCACAGAAUUUGCAAACGGAAUUCUCGAGCCAGUUUAAAAGUCUGACCGCAUCUUGAUUCACCAGGGCUGGGGCUGAAUUACGGGGAGGUAUUUGUCUCCCGUCGGCAGCAUCCAUGAAUCCACGCAGAAGUGGAAAGGACGGGGAGGGAUUACAGAUCCCGCAUCAGCACGUCCCCGUGGGGGAGAGGCCAUUCACCUGCUCCGAGUGCGGGAAGGGCUUUCUUCAGUCAUCCGACCUGUGGAACCACCGGCGGGUCCACACGGGGGAGAGGCCCUUCACUUGCUCCGAGUGCGGGAAAGGGUACACUCGGUCGUCCUACCUGAGGAAUCACCAGCGAGUCCACACCGGGGAGCGGCCGUUCACCUGCUCCGAGUGCGGCAAGGGCUUCAAUCACUCGUCCCACCUCUGGGACCACCAGCGGGUCCACACGGGGGAGAGGCCGUUCACCUGCUCAGAGUGCGGGAAGAGCUUCAUCCAGGCCUCUCACCUGCUGACCCACAGGCGGGUCCACACCGGGGAGCGGCCGUUCACCUGCUCGGUGUGCGGCAAGGGCUUCCUGCAGUCCUGUCACCUGGUGGCGCACCAGGGCGCCCACACCGGGGAGAGGCCCUUCUCCUGCUCGCGGUGUGGGAAGCGGUUCACCCAUUCGUCCAGCCUGCUGAGGCACCAGCGGCGGGUUCACACCGGGGAAAGGCCAUUCUCCUGCUCCGAGUGUGGGGAGGUAUUCAGCGAUCCAUCCAGCAUGCGGAGACACCGGCGGGUGCACACCCGGGAGAGGCCGUUCACCUGCUCUGAGUGCGGGAAGGGAUUCGCUCAAUCCACUGGCCUCAGGGUACACCAGCAACUUCACACCGGGGAGAGGCGGUUCACUUGCUCUGAGUGUGGGAAGGGGUUUCAUCAGUCGGCCCACCUGUUGGUCCACCAGCGCAUCCACACCGGGGAGCGACCAUUCCCCUGUACCGUGUGUGGGAAAGGAUUCAGGGAUUCAUCUGCUGUACUGAAACACCAGCGAAUUCACACCGGGGAGAAGCCUUUCACCUGCUCUGUGUGUGGGAGGGGAUUUAUCCAGUCAAGCAAACUGCGGAGACACCAGAGAGUUCAUCAGUGAAGACAGCAGUUGAAUCCUGCUGUUCUUGCUGCUGAGAAUCACAUCCAGGACUGUACCAGUGAGGCUGAUGCUCUGUCAGCCUGGGAGUGCACAUUUCCUCUGAAAUGAUCCACAGAAGCUGAUGAGCAACAUUUUAUUUUCUCCUGGUUAGGAAACAUAGGUUGCCCCCCACGCAGGUAGAUCUAAAGUCAACCCAGUUAGACCAUGACAUCGAGGAGCAGGAGUACACCAUCAGCCCAUCGAGCCUGCCCCACCAUUUAAUACCAUCGAGGCUGAUCGCAUCUCGGCUUCAACUCCCCUUUCCUGCCUCCUCUCCAUAACCCUUCAAUCCUCUACUGAUUAAACAUCUGUCUAUCUCCUCCUUAAAUUUAUUCCAUGUCCUGUUGUCCACAACACUCUAGCGGAAGGAAUUUCACAGAUUAAUAUUGCUUUGAGAGAAGUAAUUUCUCCACAUCUGUUUGAAAUCUGUUAUCCCUCAUCCUAACACUAUGACCUCUUAUUCUAAAUUGCUGUAGGAAGUGAACUAUUUCUCCAAUGAUGAGAAAAUGAGUAAAGGUAAUGCGUAAACUGAUGUUGUUCCAUUUGCCAGCAUUGGGCCCAUAUCUCUCCGAUCCUUCUGAUCCGUGUCAAAAUGUCUGUUCAAUGUUGUAAUUACAGUCACCUCCACCACUUUGUCUGGCACUUGUUCCAUACACUCACCACCCUCUGUGAAAAGGCUGCCAGUCAGAUCCCUUUUAAAUCUUUCCCCUCUCACCGUAAACUGAUGCCCUCUCGUUUUGAACUGCCCCUACCCUGGGAAAAGGCCUUUGCUAUUCAUCUUAUGUAUGCUCAUCAUAAUUUUAUGAUCAUCUACAAGGUCACUCUUUAGCCUCUGAUGCUCCCGGGAAAUAAGUCCCAGUCAGUCCAGCCUGUCCUUAUAACUCAAACCCUUCAACGUCAGUAACAUCCUUCUAAAUCUUUAUCACACAAUUUGCAGUUUAAUAAUAGUCUUCCUCUAACAGUGUGUCCAGAAUUGCACACGGUUCUCCAACAGUGGCCUUACCAUUGUCUUAUGCAGCCUUUACAUGACAUUCCAACUCCUAAAUUCAGUGCAUUGACCAAUGAGAGCAAGUGGACCAAAUACAUCCUUCAUUUUAUCUACAUGUGACGCCACUUUCAAGGAACUAUGUACCUGCACCCCUCGACUCUCAACUCUCCCUACCUCUGUAACUCCUGCCUUGGUUUGUCUUCACAAAAUGAAGUAUGUUGCAUUUGUGUAAAUUAAACCCCAUUUGCCAUUCCUCAGCCUAGCUGAUCGAGGAUCCUGUUACUAAGCAAUUGAAUGGUAAUAAGCAAUUGAAGGGGAAUAUGUGAAAAACAGGCUUCAGGUAAACACAGGCCCUUCUGGUUGCAAGGUAACUGCAAUGACCUUGGCUGAUCUUGGGACCAGGCUGUCAUGCAAAGGCACAGAGAUACCAGGACCGGUUUGUAGACAAAGGAACGAGUGGGAAAGGUACUCAGGGACUGCAGUACAGCACGUCAUAUCCGAGUCAGAAUAGUAUUGAUGUUGGGGACUUUUCACAGCUUGAGAGACAUUCCCUAUCGGACUCGGGUUUGCGAGACCAGAUCGCGGGAACGGAAAUAGCUCCAAGUGCCAGCCCUCACCCACUUGUCGACUGUAUCAAAAGUCUUUUAAGCUAAUAAUGCUACUCAUUAAUUUGCAUGUACCUACAGUAGAUUAAGUGAAUAAAUUUGCUUUGUAUUAGAA